CCGCGCGGUAAGCGAGGACCCGCACAGCCUCAGCCCCGAGUGCGCGAGACGGAGACCCCGCGGCGCGCGGCCCUGGUGCUGAGGAUGAGCAGUCAGAUCACCUGUGUGGCCUGGGUGGCUCGGGGAGCGGCCAGAGAGCUGCCAGAGAAGGUCAAAAUUAACAAGGAGGAGCUGCAACAUUUGAUCAACAGUACAAAAGAGGCGAUUGAAGAUCAGGAGGAUGAAGAGGAGCUCGGAGCUGAUGGUGAGGAGGCAAUGGAACAUGUACAUGAUCCUGACUCCGAGUCAAAGCACAAAGAAGCAGAAGAGGAGAAUAGCAAUGAACAGCAAGAUGACAAUGAUUUAGCAGAUUAUGAUCUGGAAAACUAUGAUGAGGAAGAAGGUGGUAUCAACCUUGGUGACUCCUUGGGAGGACUCGCAGUCUACGCUAGUAAUGAGGAUGAUCCUUACGUCACUCUAAAAAAUACAGACCAGUACGAAGAUGAAGAUUUCCAAAUCAAAUCCACUGACAAUCUGAUCGUAGUAGGCAGGGCAGAUAAAGAUUGCUGCAGCUUGGAAAUACAUGUUCAUAAUCGGGAGGAACAGUCUCUCUACAUACAUCAUGAUAUUAUCUUGCCUGCAUAUCCGCUGUGUAUCGAAUGGCUAAACUUUGAUCCAAACCCAGAAAAAUCAACAGGGAAUUAUGCUGCAGUUGGCAACAUGACGCCAGUGAUUGAUGUGUGGGACCUGGAUAUGGUUGAUUGUCUUGAACCUGUCUUCAGCCUGGGGUAUAAAAAAGCAAAAAGAAAGAAGAAAGGAAAGAAGAACGAAGGAGAGACUAAAGAAGGAACAGAGGGACACACUGAUGCUGUUCUGGACCUUUCGUGGAACCGACACAUCAGGAACGUCCUGGCGAGUGCUUCAGCUGAUAAGACGGUGAUUCUCUGGGAUAUGGCGCAGAAAAAACCUGCAGCUACUCUCUCGAUGCAUACAGACAAGGUACAAGCUCUCCAAUGGCACCCAUUUGAGGCACAGACACUCAUUUCUGGAUCAUUUGACAAGUCAGUGAUAUUAUACGAUUGUCGGAAUCCAAAGGACAACCAUCGCACCUGGCGGUUCAGUGGGGAGGUCGAGAGAGUGAUCUGGAACCAUUUCUCACCCACUUAUUUCUUGGCAUGCACAGAGGAUGGUUUUGUAUACUACCUGGAUGCUCGGGCGGAUAAACCAGUUUUCACAUUGAAAGCUCAUGAUGGGGAAGUAACAGGAUUGGAACUCAGCAGCCAGAUAAAAGGUUGCCUUGUGACAUCGUCUUCUGAUAAACAUGUGAAGAUCUGGGAUAUUUUGGGGAACAAGCCUAGUCUGGUGCACUCCAGGGAUAUGAAAAUGGGUGUUGUGUUUUGUGCAGCUUCGUGUCCCGACUUGGCGUUUUCAUACACUUUUGGAGGACAGAAGGGUGGAGUGCGACUGUGGGAUAUCAGUGAUGUGGCUGCAGUGAACACAGCAUUUGGAAGCCGUGAAAAGCUACAGUUGACAACACCCUGGAGUUCAUCAUCAGUUACCGACAGCGCAACUAACAUUGCUACAGAGAGUGUGAUGGAGUCCUAGUCUGAGUAUUCGACCCUUACAGAGACAUCUUGCAUAAGAACAAUUCAGUAGAUAUUUAUUUUGCACAUCUUUUUAAUUCGGGAAAUGCAGUGGUGUUUUGCUGGACAUUAUCUCACAGUUGUGCCAAAUUGCUGUUGGCCCGACAAUGUUGAUUAUGUGUGGAAAAGAAGAUAGACCAAUGUAACGAUUGAAAUUUCUCACUUAAAAAGUUUUAGAUUGUUGUCUUAAAAUGAAUCAUCUGGUAUCAUCUGGUGUUCAAUUAUUUUAGUGGUUACUACACAAACUUGUUUAAUGUUACAGAAAAUCGACUUCCAAGACUGGAAUGGAAUACUGGUAACCCAAAUUCUGCACAAUCUUACAUUUUAAGACAGUAAUAGCUUAAUAGUUGAGAAAUUUCAGAUCCUGGAUUAUCAGUUUUUAUAAAAAAAANUUCCAGUGUGAUAAUUAAAUAUUCUAAACAAUAUUUUGCCUUAUGUACAGUUAUUGUGUUCAGUACAAUAAAGAUCACUGCAAAAGUA